UGCGCCAGAACGUGCGUCACCGGUGGGCGGGGCCAUAGUGUCAGUGUUCUGGAACAAACGGCGGAAGCGGCGCGGAGUCACCGAGCAGCCCUCGCGCUUUAACAUCUACCGUUCAUCAGGAACCAUGAAGAUCUGGACGUCAGAGCACAUUUUCAACCAUCCAUGGGAAACCGUGACCAAAGCUGCCAUGCAGAAGUACCCAAACCCCAUGAACCCCAGCGUGUUCGGCGUGGACGUGUUGGACCGCAACGUGGACCAGCAGGGACGCCUGCACAGCAAACGGCUGCUCAGCACUGAAUGGGGUCUGCCGUCCAUCGUUAGAUCGAUAAUUGGCAACACACGGACAUGUACGUACAUCCAGGAGCACUCCAUAGUCGAUCCCAAAGAGAAAACCUUUGAGCUCCAGUCGACUAAUAUCACCUUCACUAACAUGGUUUCUGUGGACGAGAGGCUCACAUACCGACCGCACCCGGAGGACCCGGAGAAGACCAUGCUUACCCAGGAGGCCAUCAUCUCUGUGAAGGGCGUCAGUCUGAGCAGCUAUCUGGAGGGACUCAUGGCGUCCACCAUCUCCACCAAUGCUGGAAAGGGUCGCGAGGCAAUGGAGUGGGUAAUCAGACGUCUGAACACAGAGAUCGAGGAGCUGGCCAUCACAGCGAGAGGAACCAUGCGGACGCCCAUGGCCGCGGCCGUCACCGAGAAAUGAGAGCCAGCGCAUGGCCUUCCUCUCUGUCGCUGCUCUUCUCUAUGUGUCUUUUUUCCAGUCGUGGAAAUUCAUUCUCCGCGUCCUACGCAUUCAAGCCUCUACAUUAGAGACUGUCGGGACGUCGAGCGACAGAGAGAGACGGUCCGGGGUUUAGACAUCGACCGCUGUUGACGCACAACAAGAAGACAACGAAGGGGAAGAGUAGAGCGCUCAUCCAUGAUGAACUCUCAAACGUAGUUUUAAUGAAUCAGUAUAACGGGACAUUUACACAGCGCGAACAGAUCGAUGCUCAGACGGAACGUAUGCCAUGAUCCAUUCGCCACGUUUAGCUCUGUUACACGAAUGCAGCUGUUCGACGCUGGCUAGCAUUGCGUCACCAGCACUUACACACUUGAAAAUUAGUAAUAUUAUAACUUAUUUUAUUACUAUAUUAUAUUGUUAACACUUAGCAUGAAGGAAGGGAACAAACUAGAUUUUGGAGGACCAUCUCAGACGUUGGAUUCUUCAGAACACGCCUCCUUAAAAAACAAAAGAGCACUAAAUGACAUAAAACUACAGAGAAUAGAAUCAUCAUCAUUCAUCAUCGAGUGACUCCAGAAUGUUCCAUGUACUGCUAAUGACCUCCUUCCCUCUGUAGUGAACAUGUGCUUUGACUUUAAUUGAUCAGGAGGCAGUUGGGAUGUUGGAUCCAGACGUGAGGCAUUCUUUACCCUCGGAGGGUAAAAUGUGUGUGAUGAUGGGAAACAGCAGAAAUAUAUGGAAGCUUGUUUACGCCACUAAAUACAAAAAAAUAAAAAAGGUAAUUGCAAAUUUAGAUCUCACAAUUCUGACAUAUUUUUUCAUCUCAAUUGGAUACUAUAAAGUCAGAAUUGCGAAUUAUAAAGUCAGAAUUUAGACUUUU